AUGUCGUUCCUCACCGGCCAGGCUCAGGUCUCUUUGCAUCCUGUUGCGUCCCGACAUGGCACCGCAUCGUCCACUCUCGUUCCUGUCAACUCGCCUUCGAGCAACCCUCGCCAAUACCAACAGUCUCGCGAUGAGCUCGCAGAUCGCGACGAUGGUCAGGGCACGCCACGUCUUCAGAGGUCAUCGCCGGACCACCCAUGGUCGCAUCCCGUUCAGCAGCGCUCGCCUUCACCCAAGUCCUUGCCCCAGCCAACACAAUCCCUCGAGUUCGAAGCAUCAACGCACGGCAUUCAUCACGCAGACCUUGAAGACUAUCCCGUCAUCUACGAUGAGGCACUCCCAUCCGAUAGCACCGGCGACGAUGACGACGAUCAAGACGACGACGACGACACCUUGGACGACGCGCCCUAUCACAGCAGCCGCACUGCCGACAGUACACAAAGAGCCCGCAAACCACGCUUCCACAAACGCAAGCUUGCUGCCCCUGUCCGCGCCAUGUCGGCAGCGCAGCUAGCGCAACUGCACGAGCAAUAUGUCGCUCAGGAUGUUCCACACAACAUCGUCUUUCCCUUCCUCCAUGGCGUCGACGGCAGCAUCCCAGCUCAGAACUAUUUCUUUGGCGCUCCGCUCAGCGGCCAGCCAGCUCCAGCCUACCGAGGUCUCACCAUCGUGCGCGCGGAUAUGCCCUCGCGCCAAGAGGUGGAACAGUUGUGCGCUUCUCACGAUGCGUGCAGUUCUGGCAGAUCUCGUGCUCGAACCUUCUCCAGUGUCACCACCCAGUCAUCUGACAGCUCUCCCGACACUGAUGACGAGUCGUCCCGCUUCGAGCCGAGCUGGAUCGACGGAUCACACACCUCUCCGCCCUUUGGCUUCGCUGCGUCCACCGCGGCCGCUGCAGCCGAUCCAGCAGCAUUCAUGACCGGAUCGUCGGCUUCGGCAACGCCCUCCACCGCAUCGACUGUCUCUUCGCAAGCAUCCCGGCCGUCACUCUUCUCCUCUGAAAGCUACGGAUCUGGAUCCCGUACCAGCGUCUCGACUGCCAGCGAUGUCGGUGAUGAAGGAUCUCGCGCUGCCAAACAUCUCGCAUCUUCCAGCCUAUCCGACGAUUUCGAGAAGCAGCCUCGCCAAUUCAUCCUCAACUCCACCGUCUAUCCCGCUGAGAUCAUCAAACCGCCCAGCAUCCGCCGCACCAUGUAUGGUCGCAACUUCUACGACGACCUCUCGGACGGCAGCUUCGGCGACGAGGGAGAUGCCGAUCAAGUCCGAAGGAUCGGACCGUCCUUCAUUAAUCCGCCGCAGGCGUCCGGUGUCAGCUUGCGCAACUUCAAGAUCCAAUGCGCCAAGUAUGCCACCAUCUCGGACAUUGUCAUCUAUUGCCCCUUUGGCUACCACUCGGGUGUUCUUACCCUGGCCAAGUGGGUGCGGGAAGCGCAAGCAUCUCUGCGCAAAGAGCGCUUGUCUCGCGGCUGGGGCGGCUUGCAGUACAACGUCUUUGUCGUCACUGAACCUUUCCCUGUGUUUGAGGAACGCUUCCCGUCCCUCAUCUCGAUCGAUAGCAAUGGCUUUGACCGGAAUCGCGUCGACUUUGUCGACCGCGAGCGGGAGGAGAUGGAGAGGAUGACGCAAGCCACCGAAAUCCACGACAAUGUCUGGCUCGGGUGCACGGCUGAUGCGCCCGGUGUUCCCAAGAGAGAGACCUGGCAAGACCGCAACGGCCAAGACAGUGCGCCCAUCACGCCGGACGAACAGGCCAACCCUCGCUGCUUUUCGGUUUGCAUCAACUGCGAAGAGGACCACGUCCUUCCUUCCAGCACAUGCUCCCCCGAGACUUUGCGCAAUGCCGCGAAAUAUCUCGACUCUGUGGAUGCCUCGGCACGCAUCGACAGCGAUACGGAUAAGAUCCUGGACAGCCUUCAUCGCGACCAUCUCUUCCAUCUAGAUGGCAGUCCAGGCUGCGAAUACACCUACGACGGCUUCCGCAGCUCCAACUCGCGCGACGGAUCUAUCGUUCUCGGCCCAAACGGCUGGAUCCCAAAGCCGCGAUCGGUUCCCGCGAACGCUGACCCACCUGCCUCCCAGUUCGCGCCAUCCUGCUUCGCAAGUCCCAAGGACGUCAACGGCCGUGGUCUGCUUCGCUUAGAUGCAAACAGCGUUGUGCAGCUCGAUUGCCAAGUCGGAAGCGGGGGCGCGACUUGCACGAACGGCUGGCAGGACAAGAUGGCCAAGAAGCUCGUCGAUGUAUGCGCCUGGAUCCAACAGCAAGCUUCGCCUCCCGCUCCUGUGCAGCCAGACCGCGAUGCGCCCAUCUUCAGUACCAUUUCGUCCACGCUCAGAACCUUCCGUGACGGAGUUAGAUCGCCCACUCGGUCCUUCUCACCCAACCACGGUCGCGAUCGCACUUCGCAUGUCCGAUCUGAGCAACGCAGCAACACCGCCCGUCGACCCAGGCGGGUUCUCCUUCACUGUCCCGAUGGGUACACCGAGACCUCGGUGCUGGCGCUCUCGUACUUGAUGUAUGCGCGCGAAUUGACUCUGCCGGAGGCCUAUCUUGACCUGCAGUUGCGAGCCAAUCGUUCGUUCUUCGUCUAUCCGGCCGAUGUGGGACUGCUCCAGGCCGUGGAACGGCAUUUGCGGAACACGCGCGCCGCCCGGCGUCAAAGCAUGCCGGAGCCCAUGGACAUGGGUCUCGACACGCGCAGAAGCCGUCACGCCACGUCCAAAUCGUUCAGCGGCGCGCUGACGCUGGACGGACCCCACAUGGACAGUCGUCGAAUGUCCCUGUCAGCCGGACCUGGCGAAGACGGCAGCAAGUACUCCAUACCUGGAGGAUUCUCAUCCGACGAAAUGGCCAGCGGCAUUUGCCGGUCGUCGACACCGACGCCGACCAAGUGCCGAGCCCAUGUGGUCGCAGUGGACGCAUCCGAGCUGGUAGAGAGCCACGACUGGUUCGACAAGUCCAAGUUUGAUGGGUCUUUCCCGUCGCGCAUUCUGCCUUUCCUCUACCUGGGAAACCUCGAUCACGCUUCCAACGUCGACAUGCUUCGUGUGCUGGGCAUCACCCAUCUGGUGUCGGUGGGCGAGACGGCCUUGGAACCACCUGCUCACAUCUCGGCCAAGGUGAACCCUCCCCGCAAGGAGCACGGCCGCAGCCGUUACCAACGCGCCUCUGCCAAAGCAGCGCUGGCCGAGGAUCCCUUGACGGUGCCGUCCUGCACGUACCAGUCUCAGGGUGUGACCGUUCUCAAUGUGCGCAACGUGUCGGACGAUGGCAUCGACUCGCUGAGGGGUACGAUGCGCGAGGCGGUGCAGUUCAUCGAGGCUGCGCGCCUCGCUGGCGGCAAGGUGCUUGUCCACUGCCGCGUCGGUGUCAGUCGCAGCACCACCAUCGUUCUUGCCUACGUCAUGGCUCACCUCGAUCUGGGACUGGUGGAGAGCUAUCUGCUGGUGCGCAGUCGCAGGCUCAACAUUGUGAUACAGCCUCAUCUGCUCUUCCUGUGGGAGCUGCGAGGAUGGGAGACCUUCCUGCACCGCGCCAAGCAGGCUCAAAAUCGCCUCUUGCGCGCUCGACUCGGCGCUCUCGACCUCACACGCGGCGAGCUCUCUCGCGAACCUUCCCACGCUCUGUCGGCGCUGUCGAUCCAAGGCUUGACCGCUCGCAGCGAGGAGGGCUCGGGCUCGUACAAGUCGGCGAGCUCGUCUCUGGAGAGCUCGCCUGUAGCCACGAGGCUGACCAAGAUGGCCAACGCCGAGGCAGCUUCCUGCUCCAAGCAGUGGAGCGACGAGCAUCUGCCCGGUGUCGAGAUUGGUGCUGGCGCCGGCAGCAUCCAUGGCUUUGAUGUGGCUCACUCUGCCACGAUGCCUUUCGGAUCUGGCAGUCCGACUGGCAUUCCCUACAGUGCCUCACGGCUGACGUGGGGUCACCUUGCCCGCGAGAUUGCCGAGCUCAACUCGCGCUACUUUGUUUGA